UGUUUUUAAGCAUUUAUUUUCAGAGUUAUUAGUUUGUAAAAUGACGGAUGAUAUCCAGGGUUCCGUAGAAACUGUUCCUAAAGACCUCAGACAGCUGAGAGCAUGCUUAGUUUGUUCGUUAGUUAAAACAUUCGAUCAGUUUGAAUCGGAUGGAUGUGACAACUGUGAGAAUUUCCUUCACUUGAAGCGAAACCGCGACAAUGUUUACGAUUGCACCAGCGCUACCUUUGAUGGAAUGAUCGCCGCCUGUAAGCCCAGGGAUAGCUGGGUCUGUAAGUGGCAAAGAAUAAAAGAUUAUGUACCUGGUAUCUACGGAAUUUCUGUACAGGGUCGUCUGCCAACUCAGAUUAUCCGUGACCUGCGCGCUGUUGGUAUUGUGUACAAGAGCAGAGAUACAAGCAAACAGUAGAAACUAUUCUGCACCCUGCAACCCUUAUCAUUCAUUAGUUUAUACUUAUCAUACUUCUCUUUUAUAAAAAGAUUACUUCAUGUUCAUAUUUAGAAUUCAAAUUCUUUGUUAACGCUUCGUUGCUAUUUUCAUUCAUGUUUUCACUUUUCAGA